GGGACGGAGCACGACGACCAAAUCCCACCCUAUCUUCACAUAAGAGCCACUGCGAUGAUUUCUAAUGUGCAGAUACUUGUAGUUCAACUCUAUAUACAUUGAGAUCUCGGGUUUUGAGGACAAAACCAUCAUGCGACUUGCCAUUUUGAGCAGUGUCCUGGUGGCUUGGCUGGGGACCUCAGCUGAGGCAAAAUUCGGCCUUACUACCACUACAAAAUCCUACAGCGUUGACACCAACGCCGGUUUGGUUUUUGAUGUCAGCAGGAGCAAUGGAGACAUCACCAGCCUUCAGUACAAUGGGGUCCAGUACCAGGGGACGUCCAAAAUGUCCCAGAUCAACUCAGGUCUGGGAACCUCGCAGGUAUCAGCGGAGACCAUAGGUGACUACGUCAAGAUCACCGUGAAGGCGGGGGGCUCCCAGCCGGUCACCCAUUACUACGUCGCAAAGCCCGACGACCCAACCAUAUACAUGGCAACCUAUAUCACCGGCGAGGUCGACCCCGGAGAGCUUCGGUGGCUCGCACGGCUCCGUCGCUCGGCCGUUCCCAACGGCUGGCACGGCGAUGCCGGGGUUCUUGACGGGUGCACUGCGUUUGAGGGCAAGGACACCUUCAAAUGCCCCAACGGCCAGACGCGCUGUAAGAUGUACACCGCGGAUCGGUUCAUCGACGACCAGGUCCACGGCGUGACCGGCAAGAUCAAGGAUGUGGGUAUAUGGAUGAUCAUGCCAGGAGUUGCAUACGAAACCUCCUCUGGCGGCCCUUUCAUGAGGGACAUCAACACCCAGAGCGGAGACGACCAGGAACUAUACUGGUACAUGAACAGCGGCCAUGUCCGCACGGAGCCCUGGCGAUUCGGUCUCAUGGGACCCUACGCCAUGAAGUUCACCAACGGCUCCCAACCCUCCGGCGACCUCGACACAACCUUCUUCGACGAGCUCUCCGUACAAGGUUACGUCCCCCGCACCAGCCGCGGCACCGUCUCCGGCGCAGCAACCGGCAUCCCGCCCACCUUCGAGACAGUCCUCCACUGGCACAACACGGCGGCACAGUACUGGGCCAAGGCAUCUGCAGACGGGAGAUACGCCUCCCCGCCCAUGAAGCCCGGCACCUACACGGCGACCAUGUACCGCGGCGAGUUCCCCGUCGCCAACGGCACCGUGACCGUCACGGCCGGCGCAGACGUGACGUGGGACGUCGCGUCCACGGAGCCGAAGCCGGACGUCGUCUGGCGCAUCGGCGACUUCGACGGGAGGCCAAUGGAACUGCGCAAUGGUGAUAAGAUUGAGCGCAUGCACCCGGCCGAUGUGCGGAUGGGCGCCUGGGGAGGGAAGUAUGUCGUUGGGACGUCGAAGCCCGCGGAGGACUUCCCCAUGGCGCUGUUUUCUAAGGAGGGCGGGACUGUUGAGGUGACGUUCCGGUUGGCGGCUGAUCAGGUAGCGGCGGCGGUGCUGCGGGUCGGCACGACGCUGUCAUUUAAGGGGGGGAGGCCGUCUGUCAAGAUUGGUGGGUGGACGGGGAAGGAUCCGGGGGCGCCGAAACUGAUCGAUUCCCGCGGCGUCACUCGUGGCGCCUACCGGGGCUACGGUGAAGUGUAUACCUGGGACGUCCCGGCCAGCGCGCUCCGCGAGGGCGACAACACACUAACGCUCGGGGUGUCCGGGUCGGGGGACCAGGAGUUCCUCAGCGCGAAUUAUAUUGUUGACGCGGUCGAGUUGCAGGGGCGGGCCGGUGCUGACAGUCCUAAGACCUGA